GUAGCGGCCACAAGGACUGUGACGAGAAUGGCACGUGGUUCACUCAUCCCGACACCAACAACUUCUGGUCCAACUACACAACCUGCAUUGACGUCUCCAACCUCGAGCUUCAUCAGGGAGUCAACACUAUCUACAUCGCCGGGUAUUCCAUGUCCCUCGUUGCUCUUUGUAUCUCCCUCUUCAUCUUCUUCUUCUUCAAAUCCCUGAAGUGCACUCGUGUGACCAUUCAUAAGAACCUGUUUGUAAGCUUCAUUAUCAACAACGCCAUGUGGUUAGUUUGGUUCGAGUGUGUGGUUGGGAGGGUUGACGUCGUCUUCAGCAACACGGUUGGGUGUCAGGUGCUGCACGUUUUCCUCCACUAUUUCCUAGUCUCCAACUAUUUCUGGAUGUUCUGCGAGGGCCUCUACCUGCACACCCUGCUCGUCGUUGCCUUCGUCGCCGAGGACAGGAUUAUGAAGUGGUUCUACAUGCUGGGCUGGGGUGCCCCGGCCGUCUUCACCAUUAUCUACGGAGCAUGUAGAGGCACCGACGAUGAACAGAGUGUUUACUGUUGGAUGGAAGACGGGAACUACAACUACAUCCUGAACGUACCUGUGGUGUUGUCUAUGCUCCUCAAUCUCUUCUUCCUCGUCAACAUCGUCAGGGUUCUCGUCACCAAACUGCGAGCCGUCAACACCGCCCCUGAUACGCACUCCACCCGCAAGGCGGUCCGCGCGACACUUAUCCUCAUUCCGCUGCUGGGCCUUCACUACAUCCUCAUCCCCUUCAGGCCCCCCAAGGGUUCACCAGCCGAGGGCUUCUACCUCGUCGUCUCCGCCAUCGCCGCCUCCCUCCAGGGUCUGGGUGUUUCGCUGCUCUUCUGCUUCUUCAAUGGAGAGGUUCUUGGUAUCUUCAAGAAAAAGUGGAGUCAGCACAAACUGAUGCGCGGAGGAUCUCACCCUUACGUUGGCACCACUUUCUCGAUGGACACGCUAAACGGACAACCUAGUAUAUGUCCAACUGCUUCACAUGAUUAAGUACAUGAAAUCGAGUAUGGCUGAUGGGAACACGACAGUCACCAACUACGGCACAACCAUUGAAGGGGACGACGUGUAGACGGGGACCUCAGGUAUACGUGGACCAGAUCACGACGAGUCAAGACAGUCAAGACACCAAACACGUGUUGCCAGAAGGGAUAUAUCGAUGAACAAAAAUUAGGAUUGAAAUAUCGUAAUGCGUAUUUUAAUCCAAAAGGGAUUUUCUCAAUGAAGUGAAAUCACCAAAAUCUUAAUUAUUAUUUUUCCCUUUAGCAUAAUUUCGCACAAAAAUGCCUCAAUGUUUAUCAGGCCAAAAUGGGAGUAUUUUCCUUAGAUAUAAAUCAGUGCAAAGACUUUUCAAAUUUCAUCGAACCAAAGGCUCUGCCAUUAACCUAAGUUGAGAUAUCUGAUUGUUUAUUAAUACAAAAAGAUUUUUCCCUCUGACAUACAGUAUAUACACCCUAACUAGUAUCACUGUUUAUUGAUUCAAAGGGAAUUUUAAUCUUUAAUAUCAACAAACUCCGAAAUAUUUCAACGUUUAUCAUUCUAAUUGGGAUUAUAUCCACGGGGGAAUGUUGACCACUCAAUGAUAUUUUCAAUCCCAAAGUCGGUAAACUUGCAUAAGAAACUGAAAAUUACUGAAAACUAGAAUACCGUUAAUGUAAUUACGUUAAAUUCCUGCAGUGUGUCGGGGAGGUCUCACUGUAAGCUUUUGUGUAUAAAACCACGUGUCCUCUCUACCAUUUCCGUGUUGUCUGUGGAAGUCAGGAUCCACCGAACUGCCAUCAUCCACACUUAUAGUGGGAAAUUAGUUUCACUUUGUAUAUAUAUUUCCUAUCCUGUCAUCAACACCUGCAAGUUUAUUUAAUUGUAUCUCUCCAUUUAUCUGUCUCUCUGUGUCUAUUUCUCUUUCUGUCGUUUCUCUGUUCAUCGUUAUAUGUCUUUACAUAUCUGCUGAUCUAGUAAUCUCUCUUCACCUGUUUAUACACCUGCAACUCUAGUUCUCUACCUAAUCAUCUCUCUAUUUACCCACUCUGUUAAUUACUUAUCUAUAUGCACAUAGAGAGAUAGAAACAUAAAUAGACAGAUCAUUUAGAGUAGAAAUGGAGAUACCAAUAACAGUAUACAUAUGCGUAAAACCUGCGCUACAGCAGCAGAUACGAGAGCCAACUAAUCACAAGGAGACGAGAUAGAGGGUGAUAGGGGACAAGAGCCUCGACACGCACACACAUUCCCAGCCUCGUUAUUUCCCGCGGGGCGAAUGUAACUCGUCUACAACAAUGUUCCGUAGAACGUGGAGAACAAAGCAAAAUUUUGAUGUUAAUGUUUUUUUUCAUCGAUAAAAUAAUAAGUAAUAAUAAGAAUGAAGGGGGAGAGAGACGAUUAUUCUUUGGCUGAGGAUGCGAUGGUAAAUUUUCAAAGUAAAUGAUAGAAAAAACAAAGAAUUCACCGAGGUGAUAUGGCAAGAUAGAGCUUUAAAAAUACAUGAAUGACACAAAAAUAGAUAUUAAUGAACGUACUUUAGGAUGGUACAUGUGGGUUAAUCUAACUACUGAAUUAAUUUUCAGUUCCUUACCGUUCACCAGAUACUAUAAUACACCACCUCGACGUUACCAUAGGUCUAUAAUACACCACCUCGACGUUACCAUAGGUCUAUAAUACACCACCUCGACGUUACCAUAGGUCUAUAAUACACCACCUCGACGUUACCAUAGGUCUAUAAUACACCACCUCGACGUUACCAUAGGUCUAUAAUACACCACCUCGACGUUACCAUAGGUCUAUGUAGACAUACCGUGUCUUAACAAAUUCUUCGUCACAAGGAUGGGGUUAUGUAUGCCUCGAUUACUUUCGAUGUUUAACGAGCGUAGGGAGGAUAUUUAGAUGAUGUUUAUUACUGGUGGAUGAACUAAUGACUUCAAAUGUCUGAAGAUAGCAGGAAUUUUGUCGAGUUUGUUAUCUCUGGCUAUCCUACGUGACCAAAGAUGAACCUUUCGUCUGGGUUUCCUCGGCUGGCCUCUGUUGUGUACUUACCAACCAUCAUCUGCGUCUAUCUGUUUGUAGUUUGUUAACUUUUUGGCACAGAUAUAUAUCCCAUCAUAUCAUAUCAUGACAUAAGAGAGGUACUUUUUGGUCUUCAUUUUAACUGGUAGGCGUAUUGUACAGUCGACCGAUGCCUCCGUUACUGUUUCUACUAUAACAAGUCGUUGGGAGACUCGGUCAAGACCAAACCUUUGGUAAGAACAGCUAGCUAGUGUGUUUAAGCCCAAGACAACAAAAAUAGCAUCGACGGUGUUGACUGAGUCUCCCUUACAACGACAGGUAUUGUUCUCACCGUCGGUAUAAUAAUGUUCUUACUCAUUAUGGUGACGCCACAUCACCUGGGAGGCUCUAGAGCUUUGUAGCGUGUAUCAUGCGUAUCUUAGAACUGCUUAUCAUUUAAACUUGAAUAUUGCAAUUAAAGUUUAUGAAUCAAUUCUUUUUCAUAAAUACGCCUCUACACUGCGAGCCCAGUGACGCCACUGAUGGAAGUUCAGCACACAGAACACAUGCAACUCACAGUCUCUGGAAAUAACUCUCUAAAUAUCAUUUGCUAAUGGAUUUAAGCCGUGAGUUAUUUAUUACCAACGCACAUUAAUAACUAAAUCAUAUAUUCCAGAUUUGUGGAGUGACUACAGGUCACUCAUAAUUGUAAGGCAGUGUUGGUAGAUAACUGGCGAAAGUUCGGCUGAUAUAACUUAGUUAAACGUGUCAUAACAGAGUGGAUAGGGACGCCUGGCGCUAGUUCUUAGGCGAUACGAUCCUUAGAGGCGCAAUUGGACUCCACAUACAGUAACAGACUCUCUCAGUCCUUGAAGAGGAGAUUUAAAUUAAAGCAUAGGGAUUUUUUUCUGGGACUCAGACUAACAAGACCAAUCCCCUCAUCCCACUGACUAUACACCUUGGAGACGAUGGACAGUGUGACAGGGGAUUACACUUGCGUGAGAAAAUAUUAUCGAGUUUGUUCAGUAAUGGCACUCUGACCCAUAACAUGGGUCCUACUUGGUGCCCGUAGACUAAGGUGUAGUAAGACUUGAUGUCACUAGCCAAUCCGUAAUAAAUUUUAUGUGAAUUUUAGGUGUACGGAUAAAUAGUAUUACUGUGAAUGAAAUAUAAAGCAUAUAUGAACGUCUUUUAGUAUAUUUGCCAAAACAAGUAUAUAACACGAUAUUUAACCGUAAUCCUCAUGACUACUUCUCCACAUCUACUACCACAAUAUUAUCAACAAAACAAAAGCAUUUAAUCUGCCAGAUACAUGAUAUUUUUGUACACUAAAUCUAUUCUUGACUUAGAUGUAGGAAAAAAAGUAGAGCUAAAUUCUUAAUAUACCUCGGGCAAUUGAUGUAGAGAAACCAAUAGUUGCUUUUAUAAACAUUAUUUUUCUAUGUGUAAAUACAAGUCAAAUGUAUAGACUGUAAACUCUGCCCUAAGAGACAGUUAUUUUUCUCUUUCCUGUUUCUUCCAGUAGCAUGUAUGUGCAUCCAUCGCCUUCACAACCAUUGUCAUUUCAAAAAAUUCAUCAAAGACAGUGCAAUAUGUACGAGUAACUCUCACUUUAGCUUCCUCUCGUAGGGGGUAAACCUGCAUUAUGUAGGCCAGUUGAUGAAGGAGGAUAACCUCUUCGUUACAGGAUAUUCUGUCGCUGUGGGGUAACUCAAGGGACCCCUUAGUGAGAGGAGGAAGACGCCCCCCUUCGUUGCAGGAUAUUCUAGGUUGCUAAAUCAUCAUUUUUCUCCUACUAUCCCUAUAUGACCUUGACAACUAGGUUCCCAAUAUCAUAUUCAUCUGUAAAAAAUAAACUGAAUUAUCAAAACAAAUAGUAUAAGGUUAAUUUUAGGGCCAUAGUCUAACGGUAUAUCAUUAUUAUGUUGUUGUAGAAUCGUGUCAUGUACCCGCACAUGUAUCUGAGUGUAUUCAUGCAAGACUUGUGAAAUUUGGAUGUGUGUGUUUACAUCUGUCUUGCUACGGUUCUUGCUAACAAAGGUAAAUCCCCUUAUUCAGUGAUGGAUGAAGUCGUUAAAGGGAUUCAUGUGUGUGUGUGGUUUAUAUCUUAUUUACGAUUCUUUUUUUUACUUCAUUUAGAAUAAAAUGAUGAAUUUAUGUUGAUGAAUCCCCAAGUUGUGUAAUUUGUGUGGCAAGUAUUGAUAAGUUAGGUUAUUACUAACAGAGGAAUUUACUAAGAAUGGGAAGAUGGUCGACGCCCAGUACAAAUAAUGGAAUACAUAUAGUAAACAAGAGGCGAUGAGAAAUUCCUUCCCUCUCGACUGUGUUCUUGUCUUAAAAUAUUUCAUUGCUUUCUUCAUAUACUCUAAUAGGAAUCUUAUCCUUCCUCUAUAAGAAAGAUGUUUAGAGUAGAUUCUCACCCGGUUAACUAUAUAGUGACGUUAGUGAAGAUGAUGCCACUAAUAUAGGCUAAGAUACAUACUAAACUGAGCAUGAAAUCAACAGGUUACAGAUCUGAUUAAUUCCGAGGAACAAGGUGCAAUGAAACCCAGAAGGGAAGACUUCAGAGUGACACUGAUGUAUCACUUUUUAUUACAGGUGAUAUUUACCUAGAACUAAUAUUAUUGACAGUUCAACCAAUGUAUGGUAGAAUGUUAGUCACUUAAAGGAAUUUUCAUAGGGCCCAGCGAUCAAUUUAUUAUUCCAAGAGAAGAAUCGCUCCUAAUAGGUAAAAUUAUUGGUUUUCAAGAAUCAGAAUUAAUCAUUGCUAUUUUUCCACUGUGUUCUUUCGUUGUUUGUUCACUUAUGAGUUCUCACAUCAGCAUCUGGUUCUUCCUUACCACGGAGCUUCGUAUGAUAAUCUCCCUGGUGCUUUCUUUUUUCCUCCUGUUCUACUUUGUGACAUUAAUGUGUUAUGGCAUUUAAUUGUAUGUGUUACAAAUAUGAAUGUAUGGUGGA